AGGAAAAUACUAAUUAACCCCUCACACCCAACAUCCCUCGUGCCCAUCCUCAUCCCCCAGUUUCUUCAAUUAGAAUCCCCUCCUCUCCCUUCCCAAUAUAUAUCCCAACACAAAACCCCUAAUUUCCCCAUCUCACUCUCCCACAUUUCUCUUUCUACAACUCAAAAAAUGGCCACUUUUCUCUACUUACUCUUCACAUUCACCCUUUCUUCCACCUGUGUCUUUGCUGCUCCACCUCCAUUGGAUGGAUUUUUACCAAACGGAAACUUUGAAGAGCCACCAAAAGCAACAGAUAUUAAAAAAACAGUGUUGCUAGGCAAACACGCUCUACCCAAAUGGGAAAUAAGCGGCCUGGUGGAGUACAUCCACGGCGGGCCUCAGCCCGGAGGGAUGUACUUCCCAGUGGCACACGGUGUACACGCUGUGCGCCUUGGAAAUGAGGCCACGAUUUCACAGACUAUAGCUGUGAAAUCGGGGUCUCUAUACGCGGUCACGUUUGGUGCUUCCAGGACUUGUGCACAAGAGGAGGUGUUGAGAGUGUCGGUCCCGCCGCAGUCUGGGGACUUGCCGCUGCAGACUCUAUAUAGUAGUGAUGGUGGUGAUGUGUAUGCGUAUGGGUUUAAAGCCAAUUCGACUAGUGUCAGGUUGACGUUUCAUAACCCUGGAGUGCAAGAAGAUCCACAAUGUGGUCCGCUUAUUGAUGCUGUUGCUAUUAAAGAACUUUUUCCUCCUAGAUCUACUCGAUUUAAUUUGGUGAAAAAUGGCGGAUUCGAGGAAGGUCCUCACCGAUUAGUCAACUCUUCCAACGGCGUCCUCCUCCCUCCUCGACAAGAAGACAUCACAUCUCCACUUCCCGGAUGGAUCAUCGAGUCGCUAAAAGCGGUUAAAUUCAUCGACAACAAACACUUCAACGUCCCAUCUGGCCUAGCAGCCAUCGAGCUAGUCGCGGGGAGAGAAAGUGCAAUCGCUCAAAUCCUCCGAACGGUCCCAAACAAACUGUACAUGCUCUCCUUCGUCAUUGGAGAUGCGAAGAACGGGUGCCAUGGAGACAUGAUGGUUGAAGCAUUUGCGGCAAAAGACACUUUGAAAGCGCCGUUUAAAUCUGAAGGAAAGGGGAAAUCGAAGGCGGUUAGCAUGAAGUUUAAAGCGAUAUCUGCGAGAACUCGAGUGACGUUCUACAGCUCAUAUUAUCAUACUAGGGCCGAUGAUUUCGGAUCUCUGUGUGGCCCUGUGAUUGAUGAAGUUAAGGUUAUCGGUGUGCGAGCUUAGAGGAACAAUGUUGAUGAUGUUUAGUGUGUUAGUUUGAUCGUUUGUAAAUCAAACGCUUGGUGAUUAUUGGGUGACAAAUGGUCGUUUGGUUAUCAAAACAGAGAAUGUUAUCACUCAUUUGAUUUCUAGUUAUAAAAACCAUUAUUAUAAUUAUAAAAAAUAAAAAAAUGAAACCGUUUUCCAGA